CUGUAUAUAAAUCAAUAUAAUAUGCCCGUCCUAUAAUUUAAUUUCCAGUCGAAUUGAAUAAUAUAAAUUUCACGCAUCAAAUUGAACUUUAUAAUGGCAAAAUCACUAUCCAUAAUCUUUGUGAGCUUUAUAUUUUCAACGAGUGUCUCAUUCGGUGAAGACGCGUGCAGUCACUACGAAGAUAAGGAUUGCGUUCAUCCAAAUAUACUUAAAAAUGGUCACUUCAUUAACCAAUGGACAGUUUAUUUGCCUGAAAUGACCAAGAGCGAAGCUAAACAACUAUUAGAAGAAAAUGGCUUUGACUAUUUAGGACAGAUAAUGGAUGGGGUUGAUUUGCAUCUUGUGACAAAAAAAGGUACACAAGAAAAACAUGCCUUACCCAACGAAAGAAUCAUAGAAUUACUUAAGAAACACGAAAAAGUGCAUUCGGUCGCACAAACGCACGUACUUGAUAACACGCAAGAACAGGUGAUAAACAUAAUCAAUGAGGAUAGAGUCCAUUUCGAAUCUUUGGAUCCCAAUACGAUCAUAUUGAAUGACGGUUGGGAUAACUUGGAAAGAAUAACUGCUUUCGAGGCUGCAGAAGCCGAAGCCGAAGCAGAAGCCGCUGCAGCAGCCGCUGCAGUAGUGUCUGUUAGCACAAUAAAGCCUGCAGCUGAUGGCGGAAAUCGCAAAAAGAAACGACGCGGAAAAAACCACGCCAUUGUUUCGGAUCCCGAGGGUUCAAUGGAAAUCGAUUUGUCAAAAGAAGAUUUGUUGAUAGCGGAUCUGUCAACAGAGAGAUUAGCGGACGAGGAGCCAUCGAUUGAAGAAGUUUCGGACAAAGACGCCCUGAACGAGGACGCCUUGGACGAGGAUGACUUGGAUGAGGAUGCUUUGGACGAAGAGUCGUCGGUGGAAGAGGAGUCAUCGGCGGAAGAGGAGUCGUUGGAUGAAACAAAAAAAGGAGCCAACGAAUAAGACACCACGAGGCCUACACCUUGCAGUAAAGCUAAAGCAUAAGCUAUUAUAAUUUAUUAAAAAUUGUAUUAUAUUAAUUAUACUUAUGAUUUUUAAUAAAUAUGGAUUUAAAAUGUUAAAAGUGAUUAGUAGAUUAAAAGUAAUUUAUUGCAUAGUAUAAUCACUGCAGGUAUAGUUAUGUUUCUUAGUAAUGGUUUUUAUUGUUUUAAUUUUGUCUAAACAACAUUUAAAUAAUACAAUAUAGACAUCAGUUUUUAUAAUAUUUA